AAAAAAGGUUUCAACUUUCUUCUUCUCCUCCUUCUCCUUCACCUUUCCUUGUUCGUGUUUUUUCAGCGUUUUCGACGGAGUAAAACGGCACGUCGUCUCUUUUUUUCCUCUUCCUUUGUGUGCUGUUAAAGACUAGUACCGAUCUCUCUGUUCUGCUACCUUUUUUUCCCCUGUUUUUAGCUUUCUGUCGGGAGAAACAGAAGGAGAAGCAAAGUUAAGGAUGUAUUUGUGUUCCGGCAGCGAAAUGCUUUUCCUUUGAGAUGAGUUGAGGAAUAUUUUCGUCUGAUUUCUGGGUUCGUCUCAUAUUUUCUUCUUCUUGUUCUUUAUAUUCCCCCCGUCUCUAUAGCUUUCUGGGCAUAAUCUGAUAUUCGAGGCUGCUUCUAGAGAAAUAUGAAGAAAAGGGAACAUAUGGAUUCAUGGUUUGGCCGAUUUGGGGGCUAAAUGUUUUUGCAGGAGAAGCAGUGAUUUCAAAUAGUCAACAUAGUGAAAGAUGGCGACUUUAGGAGAUAUUGGGGUUGCAGCAGCAAUCAACAUUCUGAGUGCAUUCAUAUUCUUAUUGGCAUUUGCAAUCUUGAGGAUUCAACCCUUCAACGAUAGGGUUUACUUCCCGAAAUGGUAUCUGAAAGGUUUGAGGAGCAGCCCGUUGCAUUCGGGCGCUCUCGUCAGAAAGUUUGUGAAUUUGGAUUUGGGUUCGUACCUGAGGUUCUUGAACUGGAUGCCCGCCGCUCUUAAGAUGCCCGAGCCCGAGCUUAUCGAUCAUGCCGGGUUGGAUUCUGCGGUGUACUUGCGGAUUUACUUGAUAGGGCUCAAGAUUUUCGUCCCUAUAGCGUUACUUGCAUGGACAGUUCUGGUUCCUGUCAACUGGACCAGUGACGGCCUGCAAAUAGCGAAAUUGCGUAAUGUGACAUCGAGUAAUAUCGAUAAGUUGACGAUCUCAAAUGUCCAACCGGGUUCAGAAAGGUUUUGGGCUCAUCUCGUGAUGGCUUACGUCUUCACUAUUUGGACGUGUUAUGUUCUGAUGAAGGAAUACGAGAAAGUAGCUUCUAUGCGUCUGGAGUUCCUCCAGUCCGAGAGACGCCGUCCUGAUCAAUUCACAGUUCUGGUUAGGAAUGUGCCACCCGACCCGGAUGAAUCGGUUAGCGAGAAUGUAGAGCAUUUCUUCUUGGUUAACCAUCCGGACCAUUACCUUACACACCAGGUGGUGUACAAUGCUAAUGAACUGGCCAAAUUAGUUGGUAAGAAGAAGAAGAUGCAGAACUGGCUCGACUAUUACCAGCUGAAAUAUACGAGGAACAAGGAACAGAGGCCGAGAAUAAAGACAGGAUUUCUCGGUCUAUGGGGAGAGAAGGUAGAUGCGAUCGAUCAUUAUGCAGCCGAAAUCGAGAAACUAAACGAGGAAAUAGAGGAGGAGAGGAAGAGAGUGACGAAAGAUCCAAAGAGUGUGAUGCCUGCAGCUUUCGUCUCGUUCAAGACACGGUGGGGAGCUGCCGUCUGCGCUCAGACACAACAGUCUAAAAACCCGACAGUUUGGUUAACCGAGUGGGCUCCCGAGCCACGGGAAGUGUUCUGGUCGAACCUGGCAAUGCCUUACGUCUCUCUCACGGUGAGGAGGCUUAUAAUGCAUGUUGCCUUCUUCUUCCUUACCUUCUUCUUCAUGAUCCCCAUCGCCUUCGUCCAAUCCCUCGCCAGCAUCGAGGGCAUUGAAAAAUCUGCUCCCUUCCUCAAAUUUAUAAUCGAAAAGAAGUUUAUCAAAUCGGUGAUCCAAGGUUUUCUUCCGGGUAUCGCGUUGAAGCUCUUUCUGAUGUUUUUGCCGAGCAUAUUGAUGGUCAUGUCGAAAUUCGAAGGCUUUGUAUCGACGUCAACUUUAGAAAGGAGAGCAGCUUUUCGGUAUUACGUGUUCAACCUCGUUAAUGUCUUCCUCGGAAGCAUAAUCACUGGAACUGCAUUUGAACAGCUCGAUUCUUUCCUUAAACAAUCCACGAAUCAGAUUCCACGGACUGUAGGAGUCGCUAUACCGAUAAAAGCGACGUUCUUCAUCACCUACAUUAUGGUGGACGGUUGGGCAGGCGUGGCCGGGGAGAUUUUGAGACUGAAACCUCUCAUUAUCUACCACUUGAAGAACUUUUUUUUGGUGAAAACCGAAAAGGACAGGGAAGAAGCGAUGAAUCCAGGACAGAUCGAUUUCUAUUCUUCCGAGCCACGGAUCCAACUCUACUUCCUUCUCGGCCUUGUCUACGCCACCGUGACACCUGCUCUUCUUCCUUUCAUCAUCAUCUUCUUCGGGUUGGCCUUCCUCGUUUUCCGACAUCAGAUCAUAAAUGUGUACAACCAAGAGUACGAGAGCGGGGCGGCGUAUUGGCCGGACGUCCAUGGACGUAUAAUAACGGCUUUAAUCAUAUCGCAGAUACUUCUGAUGGGAUUAAUGAGCACUAAAAAAGCCGCUCAGUCCACGCCCUUCCUCAUCGCUCUACCCAUCCUCACCCUUGGUUUCCACCGGUUCUGCAAAGGCCGGUAUGAACCGGCUUUCAUUCGGUACCCUUUGCAGGAAGCAAUGAUCAAAGACACAUUGGAACGGGCAAGAGAACCGAACCUAGAUUUGAAACCGUAUCUUCAAAAGGCCUAUAUUCAUCCGGUUUUCAAAGACGAAGGCGAAGAUCGGUUCGAUGAUAUGCUCGAGAAAUCGGAGGAUGACAAAUGUUUGAUCGUGCCGACCAAACGUCAGUCCCGGAGAACCACACCGGCGGUCAGCAAUGCCAGUGGUGGGUCAUCCCGUUCGCCGUCAUCCUUGACAGAUCCUGAUAAGGGGAAAGGCGAACCUUAAUGGGUACUGAACCGGGCGUGCAUAAACCGAACCGGUUAACGAGUCCGAUAGUUUGGUUUUAGGGUAUAGCAGAAAUGUAGCUUAACUCCAUAGGAAUCUUUCUUUCCCAUCCUUUGCGAGACAGUGAGGUUGUAAUAUAUAUAUAUAGUUGUAUGUAUGUGUGUGUGUUUUAUAUACUUAUUCUUGAGUUAUUAAAUGACUUAAUUUUCGGAUUCAAA